AUGGCCAGCCAUCAUUAUGUUGUCACUGUGCAGCAGCCCACAACCGUGACGCACUGCAUUAAGGGACACUUUCUGUCGAGUUCUAGUUUGGAUGUGAUCAUUGCGAAGGGAUCCAAGUUGGAGUUGUAUUCCGUAUCUGAGUCGGGGCUGACUCCAAUUUAUGAUGUGUCCCUUUAUGGAAGGAUAGUGGAAAGGAAAACAUAUUGUGACGCCUCGACACGAGAAAUUCCCACUGUUGUGCGUGGCAAUAUUCAAAAUAAGAUAGGAAGACCUGUUGACAUAUCCUUUCGCUCCCAUUUUCGGUUCCUUUACAGUCAGCGAGCUCCGAUCUGCCGAGUGGAUCCCACAAAUCGCAUUUGUCUACUUUCCCUCUAUUUUAUUCCGCUCACAAACGAACUCAACGUGGCGUUCCACGCGUUCGACAUCCACAUCAACGAGCUGGGCAUUCGCGACCUCCAAUUCAUCCCGUCCAACGACCGUUCGAUCCGAUUCGCCAUUCUCUACAAAUUCCGAGGUCGUCGGCAAGUCCGCGUCUACUCCCUCGAUGUCCCCAAUCGCCAAGUCAUCGACAUUUCCCCGCGGUUUUUGGACCUCGCCAUCCCCGAAACGUCGAACGCGCUGAUCCCCGUGGACUCCGGCUCCUUCCUGAUCUGCUCGAACUCCCAAAUCCUGCUCUGCGAGUUUCCUCCGAUCCCCGCGGGUCACGCCUAG